AUGUCGGUCCGAGCGCCGUCUCGUCCUGUAACACAGACACUUGCCCAACUACCGCCAGCACAACAACAACGGCAACCCCAGCCCUUCCCAUCCCCACCACGAAAUGCAAGAGACGCAGACCUGGCUGACCUUCAGAAACUAUACCUGUUCAGUCAAGAGAACAGGCGCUACUAUAAGAUAAACGAGCGCUUCCUCGAAGAGGUUCAAGACGCUGCCCCUGGCCCGGAAACCAGAAAGAUUAAGAGACAACACCGGAGUGACCUGGUCGAGUGGCUUUAUGAGAUUUCGCGACACUACUUCCGGGCAAAUAGUGAAGCAUUUCAGUUGGCAGUAAAUCUCGUCGAUAGAGUGUGUAGUCAGCGACCGCUCUUACUCGGCCAAUAUCAAGCACUGGGGGCAGCAUGCUUCAUGAUUGCUAGUAAGAGUGUUGAGACGCGUUCACCAGGCUGCACUGAGCUCGAAGAACUAGCAGCAGGAGCAUUCUCCUCCGAGAGCCUCAAGGGAAUGGAACUAUGGGUUCUCGGGGUGCUAGAAUGGUUACUCAACCCACCAACACCCAACAUGUUUUUGGAACUUUACUUGGAGAUCUUUCCUAUACCUACGGCAAUGAAAGAAACAUUGUUUGUCAAAGCUGAUCAAUGGCUUAAUGCCUUGCAGAAAGAUUACCAUUUUGUACGAUACAAACCUUCCGUACAGGCCGCUGCCGCUCUGAAAUGCUCCUUCCAAUGGCACAAAAUUGAUGGUUUCAACGAGCUCUUGUGCCAUGAGUUGAAUUCGCGAUCACUCGAAACAGCCGCCCUGGUCAGCAAUGUCAGCAUACCCCGCAUGAAUGAAAUACUAGCGUGCACUCAAGCCGUCACCGCCAUUCUUGGCUGGCAAGACCCCGUUAACUUGAUGGAAUGCACCCGCCGAAGUGCAGAGCGAGAACGGCAAGCAGCUUAUGACGCUCAAUGUCGAAAACAACAGCUGCUUCAACAACAACAGCAACAACGUGAAGCAAGCCACCAUACCACGAGGGUCCGACACGGUCUAGCCACACCUGUCAAAGCUCGUACCACACAUACCACAAACAAUACCCGCACACACACCAAUAAUAACAACCACACCACACACACAUCAUCAGACAUGGACGAAGACGAAGAAACAGAACCAGAGGACGAAGACGCGAUGGACGACAGCGAUAAUGACUCGCACGGCUCCCCGCGUCCUGGCGACCUGGACUACGAAUACUACGUGCCCACCGAGGACGAUGACCGCUACGACGAGUAUAUGGACGCCCUAGCCGUACGCGCUCUUCUCGACCCGAAAUACGACGAGCUGGCUGCCGCUGCGGCUGGGCGUGGAGCACAGGGGGGAAUGAGGGAACCUUCAUCGCCGUUCUCGUGA